CGUGUGAGGCUAAUGUGACAUGAAGAAGAAGCGGAAGUCGUGGAUUCCAAACAGACACAAUCAUGGCGGCCACCAUUCAAAGUUUGCUGGAAGAAAUAUCCGGAGUCGAAGACCCAAUUGAAGAGUUGCAGAGCUUAAAAACUGCUUUGUUGUCUAUUCCAGUCAGCGCCCUGAGAGACGUCCUGAGCGGACAGCGUUUCGAUGUGAUUUUCUCUCUGCUGAACACUAAUGAAAGGGAGCAGGUUGAUCUGUGUGUGGACAUUCUUGAACGCAUCCUACUAGCCCUCAGUCCUUUGCAUUUGGUGCAGAACUACAGAGAAAAGCUGCAAGAGGGUUUGAGCCAUCCUAACGACACAGUGAAGAUAUUGGCCUUGACACAGAUUGGCAGGGUGGUGGAGCACCCAGAGGCCGUCACACAAAUCCUCAACAAUCAUGACAUUUUACGGGCGGUGAUCCUUUGCAUCGGUGAGGAGAAAAUUGCUGUAGCAAAACAGGCAAUUCAGUCCCUUUCUAAAAUAAGUCACUCUAAGCCUGGAUUAGACAAGUUAUUUCAGAGUGAUCUCCUUGAAGUCAUGAAGGAAGUGAUGGACAAAAACGACAUAAUCAGAUACAGAAUAUAUGAGCUGGUGGUUGAAAUCUCAUCUUUUUCUCCAAUUUCUCUCGGUUACUGUGCCAACAGCGGCCUCAUUUCCCAGCUGCUCAGCGAGCUGACUGGAGACGAUGUCCUAAUCAGGGCCACAUCGAUUGAGAUGGUGACCACUCUGGCUCACAGUCAGCAUGGUCGCCAGUAUUUGGCCCAGCAGGGUAUAAUGGAUAAGAUUUCCAACAUGAUCAGAGGAGCCGAUAUGGACCCGUUUUCCUCCCUCUACCUUCCAGGUUUGGUGAAAUUCUUUGGGAACCUGGCCAUUACAGACAGCCCCCAGCAGGUUUGUGAAUCCUACCCGAUCUUCUUAAACAAGGUGUUCGACAUGGGCAUGGAUUCGGACCCCGUCAUGAUCGGAGUGGCCCUGGACACUUUGGGAUUACUUGGUUCUACAGUCGAGGGGAAACAGGUUCUCCAGAAGAUGGGAGAAAACUUCAAGUCUGUGUUUUUGAGAAUCAGCCAACUUGCUGGUUCUGGAGCUACUGAGCUCAGAGUUCGAAGCUUGGACGCCAUAUCACAGCUGCUCACCCUUCAGCCGGAGCAUCAAACAGAAGACCUUUUGUCCCUGACAGAGUCCUGGUUCCACCUUCUGUCUAAGCAGCCAAUGGAUAUGAUUCGCAACAUCAGCACUCAGCCUUUUCCAGAGCUGCACUGCGGGGCUUUGAGGAUCUUCUCUGCCAUUGCAAGCCAGCCGUGGGGUCAGAAGAUGAUGGUUAACAGUCCCGGUUUCAUGGAGUUCAUUUUGGAUCGCUCAACUGGCCAAUCAAAGGAGGCGAAAGAUGCCAAAUUUGAACUGGUGGGAUCUCUUCUGGGCUCAUCUACAGCAUCAGAAAUACUGGGCAGUCAAAACUACAUCCGCCUGAAGACAUAUCUGAGUGAAGGACCCUACUACGUAUCAGCUGUGGCCUCCGUCAGCACAGAAGGAGCAGACUAAUUCCUCGGCAUACAUACUAGGCUUUAUUGUUUAAAUAUUGCUGAAUUAAUUGUUAACAAAACACCUCAUUUUGAUACCUAUUUGGUUUAAAAAUAACAGAUUUUUUUGGCUUAAAUUGGCAGACAUACCAUGAAUCCCGAGAAAAUAACAUAUUACAAAUAAAAGACUAUUAGCCAUUGAAGCUGUUUAGAUACUUUUAGAGAAAUAAUUGGAGUAAAAGUACUUGAAUUACUUUAUAAAUUUAAAAUGGUAAUAGCAGGGAAGCAAAAAGCAAAUUUUCAUGUUUUUAACCACUUAGUUAAGCAAUAAACCCUACAAUAUGUCAGAUAUUACAAGUUUUUCAUCCAGACACAUUGUUCAGUUUUUUUUCUACACUUUAAACUUUGAACUUAUGACAACAUCACUGCUCUCCAAAGGUAUGUUUCUUUUUGUGUCAGUGAUUUUUUUUUUUAUAAAUGUUUACAGAUAUAUAUUUCUUUACCUUUCCUGUAUAGAAAAACAAACCAAGAACAAAUAAAUUUGGUUUGGGAGAUUCAAAAUAACAUUCUUUGAAAUUAAAUUUUAAGAUAAGACAUAACUUUAUUAAUCCCCCAUGGGGGGAAAUUACAGAAUUCAAAUGAUUUAAAGCUAAAUUAUUUAUAUUUGUACUUCUAAAUUAAAAUGAGAAUCCUUACCAAAUGGAAGCAUAUAGUACAGUAGCAGUCUGUUCUAUUUUAAACCUUUGUCUGUUCAAAAUUAAAUUAUCUCAUGUUCCAGAAAUGCUGCAGCUUCUAGCAAUCCCACUAUCAAGAUGUAUUUUCCUGUUGAGUUUUCAGUGACUUAAUAUUAGAUUUAAAAAAAUCCAUCUCAUCUUUUAGAUGAGAAUGGAGAUAGUAAAAUGGAGAAAAUACAUAGUUGUGUAAAGCUGCUCAAGUCGACGGUCUUCAUUUGUGUAUCUAUGGCACAUUAUUUGCAUAAAUGUGCAAUGAUAUGCAAAUGUCUUGAGGCACUUUAUAUAUUCUCUUCAAAUGUUAGACUAAGACACUAAGAGUCAAGUACAUGAAAUAUUCUUUAUGUACCAUCAACACAAAUCAAUUGAUUAAAUAUUUGGUAUGCAGUAAAAUGAUUCUCAGGUUGCGGAAAAAGACUUAAGGGCAAAAUCUUCGUCCUUUUAUGCAAAAUAAAAAAUAAUAAAAAAGAACUAAUUACAGGGGAACAAUUUAAAUGGUUAGAUAAAAGGACUUAAUUAAAGUUCAGCACUAAGUCCGACUUUAAUUAAUUGCAGCUUCUGGAGGCCUCCCAGAAGCUGCAGUCUGGCCAUUAGUCAUGGCUGCAAUUUGCAAUAGUGGAGCAUUCCUUCGCUAUAACAGCCAAAGGAUUUGCUACUAAAUAUUGACACUAAAUGCUAUUUAUGGUAAAUAACUGAUGAUUGAACAUCUUACAGGUUGGCCUACAGUAAUUUGAUGGGGUUGAAUCCUUUUUGGUGCAAUUAUUAAUAUAUCUGGUAUAAAAUAUAUAGGUUUAGAAGUUAUUAUUGUAAUGUUCUAAGUUCUGAAAAUUAUGUUAAGCAGUUCAAGCAAAAUCUUAAACUGUGCAUCAUAAUCAGCAAAAUGGUGGAAUUUUAAAAGUAAUGUCUAAAAGUUGUUUAACAUUACUUUUCGUUUUGCAUUAAAUACCUCGUCUGUUUGUAGUGAAUCAGUCCUAAACAAAGCAUAUUAAAAAAAGUAUAGCUUGCUUACAGGUCUGGAAAAAGUUAAGAGCCUUCUGCGCUGAACCCCAUUGAAAACAUCCUAGUUUUUCCACCAAAUAUUGAUUUUUGAACUCUUCCUAAUUUAAAACAU